AUGCUUGCGCUUCAAAGUAGCGUUGCCUUGCUCAAAGGUAAAGUAUACGAAAAUCUGGAUAAUCGAGCCGUUGCCACGCAACAUUAUCGUGAAGCGUUGCUGUAUGAUGUUACGUGUUACGAGGCGUUUGAAAAACUGGUUCAUUUUCAGUCGUUAACACCGGCCGAAGAGAAAGCGUUACUUUCCGAGCUCGAUUUUACCGAUCAGUUGGAUCCCACAAUGAGUGCCUUAGUUGAAUUUCUGUACAAGGACAAACUGAAUAAGAGUUUAACAUCGGAAAGCGCCAUUCCGACUGGGCUUGAGAUGCUGAAUGAUAAUGUGGACGUAAUCAUCAAUAUGGCUGGUCGAAUGCUUGAUUUAUGCCAAUUCCAAGAGUGCUAUGAAAUCACCUCACGGCUAAUGCGUGUCGAUCCGUACAAUCUGACCUGUUUACCAAUUCACAUAUCUGUCUUGAAGGAACUGGAUCGACCAAACGAAUUAUUCCGAAUCGCUCACAAACUGAUGAACGUGUAUCCAUCCAAUGCAAUAUCUUGGUUUGCGGUUGGUUGUUAUUAUCUCUGCACCCAACGAAACGAGUUAGCUCGACGUCAUCUUUUAAAAGCUACUCAACUAGAUCGUCGUUUCGGUCCCACGUGGUUGGCGUUGGGUCAUGCAUUUGCCGCGGACGGAGAGCACGAUCAAGCGAUUGCAUCUUAUUGCACCGCCGCACAAGUUAUCCGCGGGUCUCACAUUCCCAUCAUGUACAUAGGUAUUGAAUACAGCGCAAGCAACAAUCGUACACUGGCCGGACGGUUCCUCCGACAGGCGUACAAACUCAGUCCCAACGACCCUUUCGUGUUGCACGAAUUGGGCACUUUGGCAUUUGAGACCCAGAAGUGA